AUGAUCGAAUGUGCUGAUACUGGUCAUAGAGUUCCUGAGACCUUUGGAUCCGAGUUUCUGAACCCAGGAUGCUCUCCCCUGCAGUUGAUGGUGGAGUUUUUCAAUAAUACAGUAAAGAAACGCAAUAACGAAGGUUCUGAUGCAAUCUUUGGUCCAAAUGCAGUGAUUGGAUUUGGUCACAAGAAGAAUCUGACAGUCAAAGAAGUUAUCAAUGAAAUAGUUCACCUUGCUUGGGUGUUCCUUGGUCAUGGAGCUGAUCCCAAUGUGAGAGAUGAAAACAACAAAACACCUCUACAUGAUACUUUAAUAAACUGCAAUGACCUGUCCUUGGCCGAAGUGUUAUCUGAUAAUGGAGCUGAUGUUAAUGCCAAGGACUGCUUUGGUAAUACUCCAUUGCUAUCUGUAUGUACCUCAUUUCCACAUGGUAUGAAUAGCAUUGAAAAUCCUUACCAAGAAGUUCAUAGUCUUGAAAGCAAAGAUCAUGCUAUACCAUUUCUGUUGUCAAGACCACAAAUACAGAUAAAUGCUCAAAAUAAACAAGAUAGAACAGCACUGUUUGAAUGCAUGUCAAGGGGGGAUACUAGAAACGUGUUACGACUACUUGAAUGCAGGGCUGAUCCGGAUAUAUUUGGUUGGGUUAAUGAUUUAUCUGAGCAUGGCAGGCAUGUAUCACCAUUGUUUGUGUCUCUGAUGUCAUCUAGAGUUGUUUGUUCUACUACUCCAAUGAUGUCUAAUAAUUAUCAAUUUAUUGCUCACCUUGUUGACAGAGGGUAUUUCAGCACUGCUAAGACGUACAAUGAAUUACUGGACUACAUUGCAGAGUUUCCUGGCUGCAGCCAUCUUGGGAAAAUUGGACCAAGACUGAUCCAUUUGUUGUUUGGUGGUACAACCACCUCUUUACUCCAGUUAUGCACCAGGAAGUUAUUCCAGACGUGUUACAUGAGGAGUACUGACACGUUGAAUAGUAAAUUGUUCCCAAAUUCUGAUGAAUUAAAUCUGGAAUGUUAUGAUCACUAUGGUGAUUAUUAUGAAAGCUAUUUACUUGGAAUUCUGAAUAGAAGUCAGUUUGAAUUCCUGAUCGAUAUUUUACAUCUACCAAAAAAUGCUAUCCUCAAUUUUGAAAUUGAGCUUCUACGACAGAGACUAUUGAGUAAAUUUUUUCAACAUGAUUGGUUUGAUGAGAGAAGUAUUGGUUCCCAUAGCGACAGUGAAAAUGAGUCUGAUGGUGAAUACUGGUAA